GAGUUCCUCGUACUUUAGGUACUCUGCACUCCGUACUUAGUAAGGGAAAAAGUAUUUGGUUGCCAACAAUCCCAGCAUACAUACGACUAUACGAGGAGCCAAAGUUCAAAAGUUCAAAUAGGUUACGAUAACUUGAAGCUCUAAAGGGAGGAAAAAAUUUCCAGUUAGAUGUUUGUGCUCCAAACUCAACUCAAUCCCUCAUGCUUUCUUCCAGAUACAAUGGAGUUUUUAAGAAAUGUUCCUCCUCCAUUUCCUCAAUUCUGUUUCCUCGUAUCUUCACUUUCAGACCAAUCUCUAUCCAAACACAUCCCAUAUCUCCCCCAUCAUCUUCAACAACAUCACCACAAUCUCUUGUCAAAAAAGUCUGUUCACAUGUCAUCCAAUCAUACCAUCAACAUACCCACCUCAGAUUUUCACCCCUUAAAUUGAAGCUUGACAUUGAUGUUGAGUCUCUUUCCCAUGAUCAGGUCAUUACCAUUGUCGCUUCGCUCGCCGACGAGGCAGGUUCGGUUGUGGCAUUGGGUUUCUUGGAUUGGGCAAUUGGGUUUUCGAGGUUUCGCUAUUUUAUGCGUCUUUAUAUUGUUGCUGCCUCUUGUUUGAUUAGUAAUGAGAAUUUUGAGCGAGCCCAUGAGUUGAUGGUUCAUAUGGUGAGGAAUUUUGCUGAGGUUGGGAGAUUUAAUGAGGCUGUUAGUAUGGUUAUUGAGAUGCAUAAUCAGGGAUUGAGUCCGAGUACUUGUACGUUGAAUUGCAUUCUUAAAAUUGCUUGUGAAUUUGGGUCGGUUGAGUAUGCAGAUUAUGUGUUCGACGAAAUGUCUAAGAGAGGUGUGCGUCCUGAUUGUUGUAGCUAUGUGAACAUGGUUGUGGGUUAUUGUAAGCUAAGGAAGAUUUCGGAGGUGGAUAAGUGGUUGAGUAGAAUGAUCCAACGGAAGUUUGUUGUUGAUAAUGCAACGUGUACGAUGGUUAUGAGUUUGUUUUGCUCGGUGGGUAAUGUAAACAAGGCAUUUGGGUUCUUUGAUAAGAUGAUGGAGAUGGGAUUUAGUCCGAAUCUUAUCAAUUUCACGUGCUUGGUUGAUGGGUUAUGCAAGAGAGGUAAUAUUAAGCAAGCGUUUGAGUUGUUGGAGGAAAUGGUUAAGAGAGGAUGGAAACCAAAUGUGUAUACACAUACAACCUUGAUCGAUGGUCUUUGCAAGAAGGGAUGGACAGAAAAGGCAUUUAGGCUAUUCCUUAAGCUUGUUAGGAGUGAAAGCUAUAAGCCAAAUGAGUACACUUAUACUGCCAUGAUCAAUGGUUACUGCAAAGAGGGUAAAUUGAAUCGAGCAGAGAUGUUACUUGGCCGAAUGAGAGAACAAGGAUUAGUACCCAAUGUUGACACCUAUACAACCCUCAUUGAUGGGCACUGUAAAUCAGGGAAUUUUGAAAGAGCAUAUAGUUUGAUGGAUUUAAUGAUGAUACAAGGGUUGACUCCUAAUAUUUAUACCUACAAUGCCAUUAUAAGUAGCCUCUGCAAGAAGGGAAGAUUUGAGGAAGCUUAUCAACUGCUUGAGGAGGGUAAUGAACAAGGGCUGCAAGCUGAUAAAGUCACUUACACGAUUCUCAUGUCUGCUUCAUCAAAGCGCAAUGAUACUAAAGAAGCCUUGACAUGGCUUUGUAAGAUGACUAAAGCGGGUUUUGAUCAUGAUAUGUACACAUGUAAUAUCCUAAUUGCCUUGUUUUCUAGGCAGAAAAAUAUGGUGGAUAGUGAGUGGUGGUUUGAAGAAGCUAUCAAACUUGGCCUUGUUCCAACAAAGGAAACUUACACUUCCAUGAUAUGUGGAUAUUGUGGAUUGGGUAAUAUCAAAUCAGCCAUUAAGUAUUUCCAUCAAAUGAAUGAACAUGAUUGUUUUCCAGAUAGCUUUACUUAUGGUGCUUUAAUAAGUGGACUAUGCAAGGAAAGGAAACUCGAAGAGGCUCACAAACUGUAUGAUGCUAUGAUUGACAAGGGGUUGUCACCUUGUGAAGUGACUCGAGUUGCUCUUUGUUACGAGUAUUGCAAAAACAAUUAUGUUAAGAAUGCUUUUAAACUCUUGGAAAGGUUGGAGGAAAAGCUGUGGAUCCGAACAGUGAAAACUUUAAUCAGGAAACUUUCUAGUGAAGGGAAAGUAGAGAUGGCAGCAUUGUUCUUCCGAAAGCUGUUGGAUAAGCAGCAAAAUGUUGACCGUGUUAGUGUAGCAGCGUUUAUGACUGCAUGCUAUGAAAAUGAUAAGAAGUAUCAACUUGUUUCUGUUUUCUCUGAGAGGCUUUUACUAAAAGAAUCUCUCGACAGAUAAAAGAAUUUCAAAAGUUCCAUCAGAUCUUGACAUUUAUUUUGAGAAGGUAAUCCCUAAAGUUUGGAUUAUUCUAAAAUAUCCAAAGUUGAGAUUAUUUUUAGAAGAUGUAUGAAAGUUGAGAUUAUUUAUGUCAAUUUUCCUAUUUUAUUUUA